ACAAAAUAACAAAUGGAUGUAUUUAAUAUUGUGUCAUAAGUCUGUAAUUUUAAAUAAAUUAAUAAAUAUGAGUUUAUUUAUAAGGAAUUAUAAACCCGGUGUGGCUUACAACGCUCAGAUAUUAUGGCGUUUCAAUUCAACAACCGCGGAAACUGUAAAACAGGGCGAGGACGAAGAAGAAUUUCGUGUUCUUGAUAUUUUACAUAAAAAGGGUAAAUUACAGAAAAGAGUAAACCGUAGAGCAGAUAUACAGCCAGAUAGAUCGGAGAAAAUGCCGACAGACCAAAAUUGGGGCAACGUAUGGCCAGGUCCGAGGUCCUUCCAUCCGUCAUCAGUGCCACUGCCAAUUCGUCAAGGCUACGUGCCGAAAGGCCAAGCGCCACCAGGGAAGAAGGCGAACGCGGAAUUGAUGAAAAUACCCAACUUCCUUCAUCUAACGCCACCCGUCGUCAAAAGUCAAUGCGAGGCCCUCAAGAAGUUCUGCACAUCUUGGCCGAAGCUCUUAAACUCUGAGGAAGCAAUCGAGAAGAAUUAUCCAAUGGAAAUAAUAAGUUCAGACUAUUGCCACGCAAGUCCGACAAUCAGGAACCCGCUGGCUCGCAUCGUGACGUUGCGUGUGAAACUGUCAAAUUUGAAGUUGGACUCGAGGGCCAGGGAUAAGUUUCUGAGAUUGGUCGGUGACAAGUAUGACGAGAAAACUGAUCUGGUAACGUUGACAGCUGAUCGGUGUCCGGUUAGGAAACAGAAUAUGGACUAUGUGAACUAUCUGCUGACUGCAUGUUACCACGAAUCGUGGACUGUUGAGGAUUGGGAAACUGAUAAGAGCUUAGAAGACAUGGAAUAUUAUGAUUUCGAUUUGAAUCCGUCGAAGAAGAAUCUUGUUAAUUGGUAUUUAAUGUCAAACAACGAAGAUAAUAAUUUAAACGAUGAACAGAUUAAAAAUUUCGAUGUUUCAAAGAUUCCUAAUGGCGUUGAGUAUAAAAGUGCAGUAUCUGAAUUGUUUAAUGAAGGUGAAAGUGAACUCGCAUUGAAUAAAUAUGAUACGUCUGUUAGGAAAUUGUUAGGGUUGCCAGAGAAGAAAAUUGCGAAUUGAUUGUAAAUAGAAAUAAAUAUUAUUAGUUGUA